UGGACCUGAAAUUAAUAAGAUUCGAACACCAGAGAAAAAGCCAACAGAACCAAAACAGGUUGAUUUGGAAUCAAAUCCACAGAACAGAAGUCCUGAAUCACGUCCUAGUGUUGUUUAUCCCAGUACCAAAUUUCCUCGCAAAGAUAAUCUCAACCCAAGACACAUAAAUCUUCCUCUUCCUGCCCCCCACGCACAAUAUGCAAUCCCUAAUCGCCAUUUUCAUCCCCUUCCCCAGCUACCAAGACCACCCUUUCCAAUUCCACAGCAGCACACCUUGUUAAAUCAGCAGCAGAAUAAUUUGCCUGAACAACCAAAUCAAAUACCACCUCAGCCAAAUCAGGUAGUCCAGCAGCAAAGUCAGUUGAAUCAGCAGCCUCAGCAGCCGCCGCCUCAGCUUUCUCCUGCAUAUCAGGCGGGACCCAACAAUGCUUUUUUUAAUAAUGCAGUUGCUCAUCGGCCACAGUCUCCUCCAGGAGAGGCUGUGAUUCCAGAGCAGCAGCCCCCUCCCAUGCUGCAAGAAAGCCACAGUCCUCUGAGAGCCAUUGCACAGCCCGGCCCCAUUCUUCCUUCGAAUCUGAAUAGCUUCAUUGAUGAGAACCCCCCAGGAUUACCUUUGGGGGAGGCUUUAGAUCGUAUACAUGGGAGUGUGGCUCUGGAAACAUUAAGGCAGCAGCAGGCACGGUUACAGCAGUGGAGCGAGCACCACGCCUUCCUCAGUCAGGGCAGUGUUCCAUACCCGCACCACCACCAUCCCCACCUCCAGCAUCUUCCUCAGCCCCCCCUGGGAUUACAUCAGCCACCAGUGAGGGCAGACUGGAAGCUCACCAGCAGUGCCGAAGAUGAAGUGGAAACCACAUACUCAAGGUUUCAAGACUUAAUCAGAGAACUGUCUCAUCGUGAUCAAAGUGAAACACGGGAACUAGCUGAAAUGCCACCACCUCAAUCAAGACUUUUGCAAUAUAGACAAGUACAGACUAGAAGCCCACCAGCAGUCCCGUCUCCCCCAUCCAGUACAGACCACAGUAGCCACUUUUCUAACUUGAAUGAUAACAGCAGAGACAUUGAAGUAGCCAGCAACCCAGCAUUUCCACAGCGCCUCCCUCCCCAGAUAUUUGGCUCGCCUUUCUCGUUGCCAUCUGAACACCUUGCCCCUCCUCCCUUGAAAUACCUGGCACCUGAUGGAGCGUGGACUUUUGCUAACUUGCAACAGAAUCACCUAAUGGGGCCAGGUUUUCCCUAUGGCCUACCUCCAUUGCCUCACAGGCCACCGCAGAACCCUUUUGUACAAAUACAGAAUCAUCAACAUGCUAUUGGUCAAGAGCCAUUUCACCCAUUGUCAUCUCGAACAGUAUCUUCUUCUUCGCUCCCUAGCUUGGAAGAGUAUGAGCCCAGAGGACCUGGUCGGCCCUUGUACCAAAGAAGAAUCUCAUCUAGCUCAGUUCAACCUUGUUCUGAAGAAGUAAGCACUCCUCAAGAUAGUCUGGCUCAGUGUAAAGAGCUUCAGGACCACAGUAACCAAUCGUCUUUCAACUUUUCAUCCCCGGAGUCCUGGGUAAACAGCACCUCAUCUACUCCCUAUCAGAACAUUCCGUGCAAUGGAUCCAGCAGGACAGCUCAGCCCAGAGAGUUGAUAGCGCCACCCAAGACUGUCAAACCCUCUGAGGAUCAACUGAAGUCGGAGAACCUCGAGGUGUCCAGUUCUUUCAACUACAGUGUGCUGCAGCAUCUCGGCCAGUUCCCACCCCUCAUGCCCAACAAGCAGAUCGCGGAGUCGGCCAAUAGCAGUAGCCCCCAGAGCUCUGCAGGGGGCAAGCCCACCAUGUCCUAUGCCAGCGCUCUGCGGGCCCCUCCAAAGCCCAGGCCCCCUCCUGAGCAGGCCAAGAAGAGUAGCGACCCUCUGUCUCUCUUCCAGGAACUGAGCCUGGGGAGCUCAUCUGGCAGCAAUGGCUUUUACUCGUAUUUUAAAUAAUCACUUUUUUUUCCCUCAAGGGAGAAUGUUUUAAUUUCUGUUUGUAUCACUAGAAUUAAGGUAGUUGGACUUCAUCUAUAGAUGCACAGUUCCCUUUGUUUUAAUAUUAAGUAUGUUCUCACUUAAUUGCUUUGCUGCUAGACUUACAACUAAUUUUUUUAAGUAUAUUCCAUUAUUUUGCAUUUUUGAUGUGUCAAAACUUUGACAGCUUUUAUGUAGAAUAAAAAAAAUUUUUAAAUUUGUGUAUUGUUACAUGUUUGCAUCAAGCUAGCAGCCAAGAGGUUAAUUGUGCAACUAUAAAAAAAAAAGAAAAAAAAAUUUUGUCUAAAAUAUAUUUAAAAAGAAAAAAAAAUUGUAAGUAGCAUUUACAUUUAUUCAAUAAUAUUACCAUAUGCUGGGUUUCUGUACCAGAAAUGGCCAGUUGAUGUACAAAUGUAUGUUAUUUUUGCUUAAAUUCAUUUAAAAUUUUUUAAAAUAAAGGGGCAGCAUCUUCUAAAUACUUUAAGUUUUAUCAGCCUUUUUUUUUUUUUUUUGUGACACGAUGCUGCAUUCUAAAACUUUUAUAGUUUUAGACUAUGUAUGAUGUGCUGUUGUAAUCUCCAUCCACCGUAGGAUAGAGUUAAAGGCAUUCUUUGCAGGCAUAUUUCGUAUGCCACUGUUUUUUGAAAUGUGAAAAAAAACGUUGGCAUACUUAGUUAUUUUUGGACAAGCUACACUUCAAGCUUGUUUUUAAUGUUAAUUUGAUAGUGUGUUUUUUUUUUUUUUUUUUAAAACAAAUCAAGAAGCUGAAAAAUUUUUAGGAUUGUUGGUGCUUAGUAGACUUGAUAACUAUUUUAAAAAUGCGUGAAUUUAGUAAAAUUCUUUUUUUCUCACUAUGCAUGUGUAAAUGUUUGUAACCUGGCUUCCCUCUUCUCCAGUGGUAUAAAGAAUUGUGCCGCUUCAAGGUUUGGGUCUUUUUUCCUCCAGUAAAAAUUUUGGUACCUUAUUUGCUGUUUACAUUAAAAUGUGACAUUAUAUGUGGCAAUUCAAAUAUUUUGCUAGCUGCCUUGUUUGAGGAACACCAUUAAAGAAGAAAUAUGAUGUUUGUCAAAAAUGUAUCAAAAUUCAGCAAAAUCUGGGGCAGAAAACUACCCCUGUUUUUCAUGUCUUUCGAUUCUUCUAAAAUACCCGUAUUGAACUUGUAUACAAUAUAAAAUUUAAAUAGCCAUCUUAAAUAUUCUACCGUCUAAAAAUGGUUUUGAAUGAAUUUUGGUAAAAUCCAAGGGAGAAUGUUUACCCUCUUGAAACUGAUGGUCUUGUCACACAUUUAAAGCAAUAUAUGUCCUUAUCAUUUUCCUGAUCUAGUAAUACUACUUUUAUAUUUCAGAGAUAACCUUGAAACUACGAUAUAAACUUUAAAAAAAAAUUAAGAUGAGGCUGGGAACCUUUCAAAUGAAUGCAGUCUUCCUGAUGAUCCCUUCAAAAACGGGUUUUUGAAAGACCACUUUUAGUAGUCUAUCCUGUAAUCAAAGUACAUUUUUAAAACCAGGAUGAAAAGUGGCAAGGAUAAAGAAAAAUUACUGACAUUUCUUCAAUGACUGGCGUUUAGCUUAUGUUGGCCAGCUACAGCCCCUUUUAAUCCUCAGACUAUGGGAUAAAAGAGUGCCUUUGGUUAAUGGUUAGCAAGCUCCAGGAUGAACGCUGUGUGCCUCUUUUAUUCAGCUCUACUUUUCUGCAAAGAGUGCAGUUUAUUUGUGUGUGGCUUUGCGUUACAGGCUGUGGGCCUCUGUGUAAGGUGGCAGACAUAGACCUGUAAAGUGCAGACGUGUUAACGGUUAGCAUAAAUCACAGUUGGAAAACUGAGCCAGCAAGUUAAGCAUCAGGCUUUCUCUGUAUGAUGUCAGAUCACCACAUUUAGCAAUGUCAGAUUUUACUCCACAUACUUUAGUAAGGAAGAAAAGAAAAGGUUUUGCCACGUAGCUAUGUACUUUUAAGUCUAUGACAAAACCCAAGAUGUAGUCCGAAUGAAAAUUAGAUCUCUUUGAUUGAGAAUGUUAUGGAAAAUAAUUUUCUCAUCAGUGGUUAUCCAACCCCGAGCCCUCAGCCUACAGGACUACAAUGCAAGCUAGAUAAAUGUUCAAAAGCAUUCUUAUAAAGACAGAAUUGUCAAGUCAGGGCUUUCAGGUAACCCCUUGUCCUGAGGUAAUUGCCUAAUUUUCUGUUUUCUAUACUUGAAUCUUUAAAAAGCAGUUUUUAAAUUAUUUAUAUUUAUAUUUAGUUAAGGGUCAUGGGGUCACGUGUGGACCCCAUCACCUUAUAUAAGUAUGUUGAUGGUGGAAGCUUUGGAUAAGGAAGCUAUUAAGUUGUCAUGACUUUGUUCUAAGCAGUUAUUUCUAAAAACUAAAAAUAAUAGCUACUUAUUGGCUCACCACUCUGCUGUGAGUAAAUGAGCACUCCUCAUUCCCUUAUCAUUUCAUAGCCAGUUAAGGAUUCAAAUGUUGCUUCCUUCUGAUGCUUUUCUUAGAUUCUGCAUCAGAUGCUUAUUUUGACUUACAACAAGCUUACUCUUCCUCAGCAUUAUGCAAUGCCAUCUUUCUAACUGUGCAUUAAAGAACCUGCUCUUUACACAUAGUAUCUUGUAGCAUUUUGAGCAAGUCUUCUGUAAGAAUCAUUGCAAGUUUCCAUCAAAAUGAGGCAUGUCAUCUGAGUACAGUUGCUAUUCUUUGGGUAUUACUUGAGUAGUAUUAGCAAGUACCCAUAAAUCGGAUUUAUGAAACAUAAUUUAUAUACGAGGUUCAGCCCUUAUAUAUACAUAUAUAUGUAUAUAUGUAUAUAAAAUUUUUUCCAGGAAACUUGAUGAUAGCUCUCAGAUAAUACCAAGUAUUACCAGCUUCCAUUUUCUUCAGAUUUUUUUCUAAGUGAGGUGAAUUGUUCAUUUCUUUUUACAUCUUUUUCCUUUGUAUCACUCUGAAGCUUUUUUUUCUUUCCAGAAUAUUUUGUUUCAUUUUUUAAUUUUAAUGCUACUUGAGAUUUUAUUUUUUCUUUUUUUAACCUUAAAGACAUUAUUUUGGAUGAUAGAGUUUGUAAAGUAGAGCAUUGAUGCUGAAAAAUUUCUUUUCAUGAUCUAAAAAUAUUGUGUUAUGAUUUGAAGAAGCUCAUUCCAUGUAGCAUGGAUAUUUUCUGGUGUGUUUUUAAAGGGGGUUUUGGUUGUCAUUUGGGCAUAUGCUUUGCCAAAUUGUUACAGCAGAACUUUGUUUUUGAUUAAUCGGUAGUUAAUUAUUGACCAUUUAAACUAACAUGACCUUAAUUUUCCUUUCCUCACACAAAUAGGCUUUCUAUCCAGGUCAUUUUUUUUUUUUUUUACACGUGAAAUAACAAAAUGCUUUGUGUAGGUUUUUUUUUUAAUCAUCAGAUUUUAGAAUAAGUUUAGGUUCGAUGUAAACAUCAACUGGUCUUUUCAGUUCAGAGAACUGCAGAAUAAGUAAAAUAAGCAGAAUUCCCACUGAAUAAGCAUUACCUAAUUAAACAUAGCAAUUUCAAGACCUAUUUGUGAAGAUACUCUCCUUUUUUGUGGCAGCAUUGGAGUUGCUGAGAAAGCUAACUGAAUUUCCUAACUUUGGGAUAAUUAACAUAUAGUAUUGUGUUGCUCUCGUGUAGUUGAUUUUAUGUGUUUAAUAUUUUUCAUCUCAAGAGCAAAGCUGCAGACAUAACAGAUGUAUCUCUAGCCCCCUUAGCUAGAGUGAGCCACCUUCGUUAAGAGUCAGGGUGUGAAGAACAAUUUGAAGAUAAAUUUUAGUAUUUCAACCAUUGUUAUUAAGAAAAUUAGACUUACUGAAAUCCUCGUUUGAAAACAGACACUGACUAUAGCAUUGUUUUAUAGAGGAAUUAUUUGUAAAAAGGGAAUCCAAGAAACAAUCUAUAAAAAUACAAGAUUAAAACUUUAAAUGUAUUGAAGGAUACAAAUUGGUGCUUUCAAUGUUACGUAGGCUAGCUAUCGUUUUUCCCUCCAGCUCCUCAAUGGUAGUAAUUUAUGAUUUACCAGACAUUAUUUCUUGCUCACCAUCCCCUUAACAUAUUGAAAAUCCUUAAUUUCUACUGCCACGCUAUAUGUUUUCCUGAAUCACAAGUUAAAUGUCUUAAUGGAACUGUCUCUGCUCUGUGCCAUCUGAUCUACAUUCAAACCAUCUAGAAAUUAGAACAGGUAAUAUUCUAACUAUGAAUUCUUGUUCAAAGGAUCACGUAGUGGUGUUAAUCACUUAUAAAAAUACCAUCUUGAAAGAGUAAGUGGCAUGUUAGUGUUGAAAGUGCUCAUUAUGAUACGCGCCUCGCAUUUCCCAUCUGCUUGAGGAUGGAUAUUUAUUGGCUGAGACUUUAAAGCUGCCAAAUUCACACUUAUUGCUUUCAUACCUGUUUCAUUAGUAAUGGCAAGACCAUUGUUGGAAGAAGUGAAUCUCACUAAACACAUUCUAUUAUUACUUUAAACUAGACUAUGAGAUUCAAGAGAUUUAAAAACAAUUUUAAUGUAAUAUUUAAAAUUUUUUAACCAGUUGAUAGUGUCUACUUUAGAGUGGACUUUAAGGAAACAGUCACCGGAGUUUCUAAAAAUUUUUUGGAGGGAGGUACCUAAUAGAAGAAUCUAGACUUAGAAAUGUUAACUGUGGUGCAAUCCCAAACCCAGUUCUGCAGUGGUAGUCUAAGACGUCUAAAACUGGAGUGUUAAGAAAACCCAGAGACAUUCAUAUAGUUUCAGUAAUCAGAGUAUUAGACCAGACUUUAUUUGCAAUUUGUUCAACAGAGAGAUUUUAUUUUGAUACAGAUAUUAAGCAUAAAGCAUAGUAAGUUUUAUAUAAUUCUAUGAGUUCAUUAAACAAUAUUAUGACAUUUUCAUUAUGUUCGUGGGGAGUCUUUUUAACUGUUUCUACCUCAUAUAUGAGGUCUCUUCUGUAUUUUACUUUGCAUACUAGCAUGUGAUUGCCUGCCUUAGAACUAUGUAGAGGAGGGGAAAUCAUUAUUACCUUUUAAGAAAUUUUUGAUGUUAUGAAGUAAGUGUUUUCAUUAAUACUUUUUUAAUGUUUGAGAAGUAAAGGGGAAAGGGUGGCAAAUUACAUAGGUCACAACACAGAGUAGAAGUCACAUAGUACUAUUUACAAAUCUGUCCUGUUUUAAGAUUUUAGAAUUGUGAACAGGAUGGAGCAGUGGUUCUCAAACUUCAGCCAGUAUCAGAAUUGCCUCCAGGUCUUGUUCAAAUUCAAAUAGCUGGACCUACCCCCAGCAUUUCUGAUUUUGGGCUGGAGUCUGAUAAUCUACAUCUCCAACAAGUUUCCAGGCAGUGCUGAUGCUACCAGUCCAGGCACCACACUUUGAAAAUCACUGGUCUGAUUCUCACAGUGAAAGUCUCAGAGACCUUCAGAGUCUGAACGUCUUUUCAACCAUGCAUUGAUUUUCUCAGUGUAAAAAACUGAUCUCUGGAGACAUUGUUAUAAAUCUGGUGCCACGAGUGGAACAGUCGUGGAGAAAGGUCUCCAUGGAGCGACAGGACCUUUGGUUUGGCUGCCACCCCUCCUCGUUCUCACCCCUGCUGGGGUCUCUGCUGCUCUUUCACAGUAAGGUGAAGGAGCUCUUUGGUUUCUAGGGUGAGUUUGGUUUUGUGUACGCUGCUGCCCUGGCUUCGGUCUGGAAGCUGUGCAUUUGUUUGGUGUGGUUAGAGUCUAUCUUGAUCCAUAUGCAUGGAAACGAGAAUCCUGGAAAGAAGCCAUCAGAAUGCCACGAGAAUGCACCUUGCAUUGAUCGAGGCGCCAAGUGCAGAAGCCCCUGCCCUAAGAUGGCAGUGGCACAGAGCAUCGAAAACAAUAGAUAAUCCCCAAAUAAUGUUUCCGUUUUUAUGGUUAUUUUUUUUUGGCGGGGGAAGGGUGAUGAGGGCAAAGGAUUUGUUUUUCAAAUUAUGUGUUUCUCAGGUUAACAAAGUUAUUUUAGAUCCUCUGCCAUGCCAGCAGGUGUUAGAGAGAGCCUGAAGUGUUACAUAUGGCAGAAAAUAAAUGUCUCUGAUUACUUUGCUACCUUUAAAAAAAAUCUAUGUGUGUUUGCAAAACAGCCUAGGGGGAUCUACCACCUACACAGCAUGAAUUAUUCAUAAGUAAUAGGUGCACAUGUAUGAGCAAGUUAUUUUUGAGAAAGAAACUGCCUAUAAUAUAAACCUGUCAGGCCUUUGGGUAUAUUUUAAUUUGUGUGUUGUUGCUGUUUUAAUAUUCAUGCUGGACUGCAUCUUGGCGGGUAUUGGGCUCUGCUUCUGGUUUUUAGUUUGGCAUUGAAUUUACUGAGAUACUAGGAAGACAAAAAAAUCUAUUUUUAAGGUAAUAGAAUACAGAAUGACUUAGGUGUAAAAGUACACAUGAAGACCAUCAUAGAAUGCACAGCUUUGAAGUUCUUAAGACACAGUCUUUCUUACUGAAAAGGCUCGCUAACCUUUGGAAAGGAUUGUUUAUAUUUUCAGCACAAUUUCCUUUAUGCAGUCCCAACUUAUAGGGGAGCUUUGGUUUAUUUACACUUUGCUUUGCACGAUAACCUUGUAUGUGAAGACCUCUUUAUAUCUUUCAGUAGGUCAGAGGGCUCCUUGUCCUGGUUGAAGUCCCAAAGUGUCAGUUUCAGUUGAGAAAAUGUUUCUCGGCCUCCCCCUAUACAGAGGAAGGGUCCUGGAUUUUCAUAAAUCCAGACCAUACCUGCUUCCUAUAAAUCCAUGUAUAUGACAUUGUACUGUACCUGAUUUCUGUGCCAGUCACAUGACCUGAUUCUUUAAACCCCAUGAAGGUACUGGCUAUAUGUAGUAGUUGUAUCCUAGAUAAAUAUGGUGACUAAAAUACUUCUAAAUUACAAAGAUAAUGAGUUUUGCAUUUUAUUAAAGGGUCCUGUUAUUAGUGAUACAGGAUUUUUUUUUUUUUUUUUUAAUGCUUCAUACAUAUAGUUCUUAUCUAAACCUGUUCAGCUAACUUCAUAGAUCAGUUAGUUAGCAAAUUCAUACUGGGUCUGUUUUGGGAAGUCUUCCUGAGGGAAGCUGUACAAAACUGAGGUGGUCAGUUUUGUCUUUCAAAGUACCAGUUAUAUAGCCAUCUAAAUAAGCAUAAUUUAUGGCAAAAUUAAAACAAUUUUUUUUUCUUUGCAGUAAAUGAUACCUCAUCUAAGAGGCUCUAAUACCUAAAGAGUUUAUCCUUAAAAGUAAAAGUGACUUUGUACCAUAAAAUAACCCCAAAGCCACUCUCUGGGGCUUUUUAUUUUCUUCUUUGUCAUUUUCUUUUCUAACUUAGUUUUGGAAUUACGUUAGCGACUUUGGUUCCAUAAAACAAGUUUUCAACUUGGGGUCUACAGUUCUACAGUGUGGUCAUUGUCUCAGCGAAGUUCUUUUGUUUUAAAAGAUUCAUGGUAACACAAAAUGUAUUUUACUGCUACAACUAAAAUGUAUUUAUAAUAAAAUGCCUUUUUAAUAAUUUGGAGAUUUGUUUAUUAUCUGUGAACUAUGAUUCUCUGCUUCCUUUUGCUCUUAAGAUCAAAGGUCUGACUGAAGUGAUGCACAGCACUUUGAUUUUAUUCCUAAUAUUAAAUGGUAAAAUGAA